AUGAUCGUGGUGGAGUUCAUGGAGAACGGGUCACUGGACUCGUUCCUCAGGCAACACGACGGUCACUUCACGGUGAUCCAGCUGGUGGGCAUGCUGCGGGGGAUCUCCUCGGGGAUGAAGUACCUGUCCGACAUGGGCUACGUGCACAGGGACCUGGCGGCGCGGAACAUCCUGGUCAACAGUAACCUGGUGUGUAAAGUGUCCGACUUCGGCCUGUCCAGAGUCUUAGAGGACGACCCCGAGGCGGCCUACACCACUACGGGAGGAAAGAUCCCGAUCCGGUGGACCGCUCCAGAGGCCAUUGCCUACAGGAAGUUCUCUUCUGCCAGCGACACAUGGAGCUACGGCAUCGUCAUGUGGGAAGUGAUGUCCUACGGGGAGCGGCCAUAUUGGGAGAUGUCCAAUCAGGAUGUGAUUCUGUCCAUUGAAGAGGGCUACAGGCUGCCGGCGCCCCUGGGCUGCCCCGUGGCGUUGCACCAGCUCAUGCUGCACUGCUGGCAGAAGGAGCGCAGUCAUCGGCCCAAGUUUGUCGACAUCGUAACGUUUUUGGAUAAACUCAUCCGUAACCCCAGCAGCCUCCUGCCACUGGUGGAGGAUAUUCAGAGUCUUCCAGAGUCCCCGUGUCCGAGUGAGGAGAUGGAUUACCCCAUGUUCAUCUCUGUCGGAGAGUGGCUCGACUCCAUCAAGAUGUCGCAAUACAAAAGCAGCUUCAUGGCGGCGGGAUACAACACGCUGGACGCUGUGGCGCGGAUGAGCAUUGAAGAUGUGAGGCGUGUGGGGGUGGAGCUGAUUGGACACCAGCGGCGAAUUAUCAGCAGCGCUCAGACUCUUCACUUCCAGCUGCUGCACGAACACGACCGGGGGUUCCAUGUAUGA